AUGGAUGCGAAUUUAUGGAGGAAAGAACUCAAGGAGCGUGAAGAUGAAGUCUCAAACCUUGCUCUUGAUAUUGGAGGUUCUCUAAUAAAGAUCGUGUACUUCUCAUGUAGCAGUACUGGCUCAAGUGACGAUCACAAAAAUGGCCUUCUAAAGGAUGGAAGUGCCACACCCAGUUGCAAUUUAAAUUAUAAGGUCCUAACCGGGAAGCUACAUUUUGUGAAGUUUGAAACAGGAAAGAUCAGUGAAUGCUUAAAGUUCAUAUCCUCAAAGCGCCUUCAUCACUAUGGUGAUCAAGAUGAUGAGGGCCCAGCCAGUGACAAAACUAUCGUUAAGGCUACAGGUGGCGGGGCGUUCAAAUUUUCUGAUCUAUUCAAAGAAAAGCUUGGUAUUUUUCUAGACAAGGUCGAUGAAAUGAGUUCCCUUGUUGCUGGUGCUAAUUUUCUUCUUAAGGCAGUGCAACGUGAAGCAUAUACGUAUAUGGAUGGCCAGAAAGAGUAUGUCCAGAUUGACCACGAAGAUUUGUAUCCCUAUCUCCUAGUUAAUGUGGGGUCUGGAGUUAGCAUGAUCAAGGUAGAUGGUGACAACAAGUUUGAGAGAGUCAGUGGAACAAGUGUAGGUGGUGGUACAUUCUGGGGCUUGGGUAAACUUCUAACCAAAUGCAAAAGUUUUGAUGAGUUAUUAGAAUUGAGUCACAAGGGAAACAACAGAGUAAUAGACAUGCUUGUUGGAGAUAUAUAUGGCGGAAUGGACUACUCCAAAAUCGGCCUUACUUCAACAACCAUUGCUUCUAGCUUCGGCAAGCCAGUAUCUGAAAAGAAAGAACUCGAGGAUUACAAAGCUGAGGAUGUAGCCAGGUCGCUACUUAGAAUGAUUUCAAAUAACAUUGGGCAGAUUGCUUACUUGAAUGCUUUACGCUUCGGAUUGAAGCGGAUAUUUUUUGGAGGAUUUUUCAUUAGGGGUCACGAAUAUACAAUGGAUACAAUUUCUGUUGGCGUCCAUUUUUGGUCAAAAGGCGAAGCAAAAGCUUUAUUUUUGCGUCACGAAGGGUUUCUUGGUGCAUUAGGAGCAUUUAUGAGCUAUGAAAAAAAUGGAUUUACAGACAUCACUCAUGAAUUCAUGGAACACUCUUCAAAAGCCAAGUUUUCCUUGUGCACAGGAGACGAGCUCUUUGAUAGCUCGACUCAUGAAGACGGGUGUAUAGAAUGUAGAGUGCAAGUUAGAGACUGA